UAAGUGCGGACGUCAAAUCCACCUGUCCAUUGAUCCUGGAGUGUUGAUUGACGGAGGAAGCGCCGUGAGCGAGUGUCGCGAGCCCGCCUGGCGAUCGCCCAGCUCUCUGGAGGCACACGACCUUCCACCGGGACAGUUGGAGGACAAGGUUGCUUGGAUGCUCCGUCGCCGCCAUUGGCUCGGUUGAGGCGUCCACGGAGCGCGAAAGACACUGUUUUCGGAGAAGUGUGUGCGCGGGCGUGGUGCAUGAUGACCGUGGAGGUGUGUGGGCGGGUGGCGGUGCCCAGCGUAUCUCCGGGGGGCUCGAGCAACAGCGAGGGCGGUGCGGGGGUCGACGACGCCCAGAAUGACAGGGGCGUUCCAGCCUCGCCCGCCCGCGACACGACCGCCGACCCGCCCGUGCACAGACCCAAGUUCAUGAUCACAGACAUCCUUGCCCAGCGAGGGCCGCCCACGCCCACGGAAGACCAAGGCGAGGGGGGAGGCGCGUCGGCUACGGCCACAGACUCCUUAAAGCGCCUCAAUGUCCUGGGAGGUCCGGACGACGACCAGAUGGGGGACGACGGAGGCCACCACGACGACGACGACAGCAAUGAUGCAGGACCCGCCGUCAAGAAGCAGCGGAAGGCGCGGACGGCGUUCACGGACCACCAGCUGCAGACGCUGGAGAAGAGCUUCGAGCGGCAGAAGUACCUGAGCGUGCAGGACCGCAUGGAGCUGGCGGCCAAGCUCAGCCUCACCGACACGCAGGUCAAGACGUGGUACCAGAACAGAAGGACGAAGUGGAAGCGCCAGACGGCCGUGGGGCUCGAGCUGCUGGCCGAAGCAGGCAACUACGCCGCCCUUCAGAGGCUCUACGGACCCGCGUACGGGUGGCCGUACCCGCCCCAGCCGUCCUCAGCCGCCGCCGCCGCCGCUGCCGCCGCCGCGCUCAGCCCCGCCGCCGCCUCCGUGGACCUGUAUUACCGCCAAGCCGCCGCCGCCGCCGCCCUCCAGAAGCCCUUGGCCUACCGCCUGUACCCGCCUGGCCUGCCCAUCCUGCCGCCCGUGCCCUCAGACCCCCUCCGCGACGCCCUCAGACCAGAGGCGCUCAGACCGGAAGCCAUCAGACCCGACCUGCUGAGACAGGAGGCGCUGAGACUCGACCGGCCAGAGCUGCUCAAGUCCGAGGGAGGCAAGUUCGACGCCGGCCGCCUCCUGCCGACGGACGUGCGCUUGCUGUCCCCGCCGGGGGGCAGGGACCCCGACGACGAUGGCAUGUCCCUGGGGGAGGCGGGGAGGGUCGGCCUCCUGCGUCCCUCGGUGACCCCCUCGCCCCCCCACUGCCCCUCGCCCACAGACCUCCGAGUGAGGGUGUCCCCGGGCCCCCACAGCGACUCCCACAAAGCUCCGCACUAAACCCUCGUAGUGUGAAGCGCGAGGAGGGGGAGGGGGAGGGGGAGGGGGAGCGCCUCUCACCAUAUGUAUAAAAAACAACUUUAUGUACCCAUAUGUACAAAGGUAGACCGUUACUAGAAUAGCUAAACACAACUCUCGUAGAAUAGCAGACGUUUUAUUUAUAUACAGCUGUAUUUAUAUUAUGAAUAUUCCAUGGACGUGUACAUAAUCCAGUAGUAUGUAUCAUUAAACGAUAAUAUCUCCAGAAAUGCCACUGUCUAAGGAGAACAUAAAACACAUGAACAAAGUAAAAAACUGAUAUAAUAACAAUUAACAAACUCCCAGGAACUGAAGGGAUGCUGAGAGGAGCGGAACCCAUCUCUCCAUUUCCCAGUCAACAAGAAUAUUCCAAGAUCAUUCCAAAAAAACAUUUCAAGAUAAUUCACAGUUCCAAGAUAAUUCUAGUUUAAGGCUGGCACUCUAGUCAUUAACUGCAGAUGAUGUUGUUAGUUGAGAAUUGUGUUAUGACGUGCGUAUGUAAGUGUCAUCAGCAUUGUUAAAUAAAGUGAAAAAAAAAAAAA